AUGAUAUAUUUGAUUGAUACCGUUGGGGGAUGUGCAUUCACUCUCUAUUUUGUAUAUUUCUGGUUUUCCCAUGAAAAUAGUUCGGAAAAUGCCGGUACUGCUACUACCGUUGAUGCCAAUGAAGUCGUACAGAUGGUGAAACAUUUGGUUAAACGUGUCAGUGAAGACUUGAGUUCGCAGUCCGCUUCAGAGAGCUACGAGUUGUUCAUGACCAUUGCUGUUACAAUCGGUACAACGGUCAUUAGAUUCUACUUUGCCUUGGUAAUGCUUUCAUUUUUCAACCAGAUAGUGCUAAAGUCGAAGUAUAAUUCUCAGUUUAGAUUGACUACGAGCACUAAUGGAGGCCGCUUCCGCAUUUUCUUGAAUAGAGUAGAAGUGGCCUGUUUCGGUAUCUUGAACAAGAUCUGCAAAUGA